CUUAAAAGCCCCGCCCCUUCCUUUCCCUUCCUAAUCUCAUCGAAGUGAAACCCAUUUCUUCUCGCAGAAGAUCAGAUCCCCCUAAAACCCCUCAAUCCAACUCAAUCACAUCAAUCAUAAAUGUCUUCCUGCUUUCGCCGCUCCCCUACCACCAAUGACGGCGCUCCUCCCCCGCCUCCUCCGCCGCCACUCUCCACCAACCCCAACCUCACCACCUAUCUCUACCACACCGACGCCGGCAUCGUUUCCCUCACCUGGUCACGCUCCAUUCUUGGUCGCUCCCUCCAUCUUCACCUCCAUCAUCCCCUUUAUGAUUCCCCUCCUCCUCCUCCUCCUCCUUCUCUCACUUCCGCUUCCUUUCACCUCCACAUCAAGCCCUUCGUGUUCUGGAAAAAGCACGGAACUAAGAAGCUUUCCCCCAAUACUCUCAUCUUCUGGAAUCUCUCCAAAGCUAAAUUUGGGUCCGGACCUGAGCCCCACUCUGGUUUCUACGUUGCCCUGGUUGUGGACAGGGAGAUGAUUCUUGUGGUCGGCGAUCUCAAUAAGGAUGCGUACGCCAAGACUAAAGCUCGCGAUCCCAAGAACUCCCAGCUUCUGGUUCUCAAAAGGGAGCAUGUGGUGGCCAACAAAAUCUACACCACAAGAGCGAAGUUUGGGGGCAAAAUGAGAGAGAUACAGAUAGAUUGCGGAUACAGGGACGAUUCCAGGCUCUGCUUCAGCGUGGAUGGGAAAGCUGUGCUUCAGAUCAAGCGAUUGAAAUGGAAAUUUAGAGGAAAUGAGAGGGUAGAAGUGGAGGGGGUACCUGUUCAGAUCUCGUGGGACGUCUACAAUUGGCUAUUCGAGAGAGAGAACGGUGAUGGGCACGCCAUUUUUAUGUUCAAAAUUGAGGAAGAAGGUGAAGAAAGGGGUAAGGAAGUAGCAGGGGACAGAAAUUUGGUGAAUCUGUGGACGCAGCAAAACUGGCAUUCGGGGCUGAAUGAAUGGGGGAGAAUAGGCAAGAGCUUCUCGUCGUCGUCGGUGUCAGUGUCAUCGUCGGCGGGAUCUUUUGGCGGAAGCUCCUCCGUGAUGGAAUGGUCGAGUGUGGAGGAGAACGAGCUGGUCGUGCCCAUCGGAUUUUCCUUGCUCGUUUAUGCCUGGAAAAGGUGAACACCGGGCGCUCUCUGUCCGAUCCCUGAUUAGUGAAAUCCAGUUCUUCUAGGUGCUAACCAGUUAGAUUAGAUUAGAGUCCGCUAACCCAUUUGUUUCGUGAACAUAAUUAGUGAUUGAAUACACCUAGUCACGGCAUUUUAGAAUUCAAUACGCAGAUUCAUAGUUGAGAUAAGGUACGACAGUUUCUUCCUCGCGAGCGAGAAUUCCUGAAUUUUCAUUCCACAGUAGUGAAAUAUAUUGUAUUGUAAUGUAAAUUUUAUGCAAUAGGAGUAUUAUUUUGCGUGAGAAGCAUAAUCACCAAAAUCUCUGGUUGCCAAUUGCGUCCAUUGGGUCGUGGUAAUGAGCAGUUGUAAUUUGUGGAAUUUUAA